UAUUGAUAAAUCUCAAGGGAACCCCGCGUUCUGAGGCUUUAUUUUGCCUUGUUCCAUAGUGAUUCUUUUGUUUUUAUUUCAUUUCAAGGGAAACACCUUUAUCUCCAACCUCUACACGCGUAGAGCGAAUUUCUUAAACAUGUGGCACUCUGUAUCCAACAAGUGCAUGCAAUCCUUGAAGCUCGACUGCGCUUUUUGAGACGCGGUUUACGCGAAAACAAUAAGAUGAAGACGUCUGCCUAACGAACUGGAGGUAGAAUCGAUCGAUUCGCUUAAGGAACAGUAACAUCGCCACCGCGCGCGUACUUUUGUCGCAGUGAUAAAAUGCGUGUUUGUAGGAUGCGUGCGCGUCUGCGAUGGACCCUCCGUAAUUAAUUUCUCCUUUGUCUUACAAUUAGCUUUAGAGCUUAGAUACAUUGUGGAUUUCUCCUAAUUUAAGAUCCAAAGCAUCGAAUCGCUGUGACCUGCGAAUAUUUGUGAAUUCCUAAACCUGGUUUCUUGGAGAGGGAUGCGCAAUUGCGCGCGCUGCGAGAGUGCUAUCGGACCUUUCCAUGGAAUUCUCUCUCCUAUAUAAGAUCACAGAUUUAAGCGCGUCUUCUCCAGUGAGGGAUUCAGUCUGAUCGAAUGAACGAAGGCUUUUCCAGCCAAAUGAAAAGUUGCGUUCUGGACUGUAAAUCAUAUAUGAGGAUCGAUACACAAGUGCUGUCCGACACAGACCGCAGAAAUGCCUAUGCACCCGGUGACUUCCACUUUGAUGUACCGGGGGGUAUGCACUAUUCCAGAUAUCCUUUCAUACCGGGCACCGGUCAACCUUCCCGAGGAUGAGGUUGAAGAAAUCCGUGAGGCGUUUAAAGUGUUUGACAGAGAUGGAAAUGGAUUCAUUUCAAAGCAGGAACUUGGCAUGGCCAUGCGUUCCCUAGGGUACAUGCCCAAUGAGGUCGAGCUAGAGGUCAUCAUUCAAAGACUCGACAUGGAUGGAGACGGCCAAGUGGAUUUCGAGGAAUUCGUCACCCUCCUGGGACCCAAACUCACCGCUGCCGGAAUGCCUGACAAAUUCAACGGAACCGAUUUUGACUCUGUGUUCUGGAAGUGUGACAUGCAGAAACUGACCGUUGAAGAACUAAAGAGACUUUUGUACGACACAUUCUGUGACCACUUGUCUAUGAAAGACAUAGAGAAUAUAAUCAUGACGGAGGAGAACCAUAUUGAAAAUCCUGAGGACUGCCAAGUUGACAUUGACACCGAGAGUCCGACUCAGCAGGUGAAGCAAACGUGCGUACGGAAAAGUCUCAUCUGCGCCUUUGCGAUUGCUUUCAUCAUCAGUGUCAUGCUCAUCGCAGCCAAUCAGGUGCUUCGAAGCGGCAUGAAGUGACCGAAUGGACCAAUCACAAAAUAGAAUGAUAUAUCAUCCACCAAUGAUAGAAAUGGCAAAAAAGGUAAAAAAAAAGACAUACACACACACAAACUGCUGCAGCGGAGCCGUUCAUUUUACGUCACAUUCAAUUUUUGAGUCUCUGUUGAUUUCAAGAUAAAAAAAAAGCUUCUACGGACAGUUGUUACGCACAUGCAUUGCUAACUUACUGAACAUGCACACAAAAAAAAUAAAAAAGGAAGAGAGAUUUCAACAUGUAGCAUUACCUGACCUGGAAACCUCCAAAAUAUAUCCCCUUCAUGUUUUGGGUGAAUAAAGUCACAUGGACUUCUCCAACCCAGGAUCCUACUCUUCAAUGCAUGACGAUGCAUGUACAAUCGUCUGAAUGAUUCGUCAAGUAGAGCUCAAGUAUAUAUCAGAUCCCAGCGCAAAGUUUUACCUUCAAAGUCACGUCUCACAUAUGUGAAGAGUUGGAUGACAAAACGUCUUCCAAACAUCCAGUAUACUGACCCCUUUGCAUGAGAUUAAGGGCUGUUUAGCGCAUGCUCAUGUCAUGUCGUCUUGUGUUAUCGUGGGUUCUUACCUUGUUGCACAUGCCUGAGAAGAUUCUUGUUGUACUUCAUGUGAUCCAAAUGGCAUGAAGCCCCCCAAAAAUGAUGUUUGUCCACUAGUGAAAUACUGUUUUUAUGUGAAUUAAAAUAGUUUUUUCACCUGAAAUACACAAUGCAUUUUCAGGUUGACACAUGAAUGAUCGACACUUGCCAGUGCAAACGUAACUGUUGUGCUUUCGCAAAGAUUUGCACUGUAGCUAUCAUAUAGAUAUGACAUAGAAGCUUUUGGAUUUCAUUUUCAUGAAUGAUACCAAAUGAUCAUGUUAGAAAAGGAAGAUUUGAUUUUUUUGACAUAUCAGGACAUAAUUUAAAACUCAAGUAUAUAAUUCUGCACCACUGCUGUCACCAACUGGAAACUGAAUCAGCCCAAACCUACAGUCCCAGUCCAAACUCAUUGGGUGCAAGUGUGUUGCAUUGCACUGUUGUACUUGUCUUGAAUAUCAGCCUAUAAAUACAUUGCAUCUUUCUCUUCAUUUUAAGCUCGGAUAGCAGAAAUUGUGAUUUAAGAACAAAAUUCCACACUUCAGCUUUAAUGGUUACUUUCAAAACCAAAUCGAUAUUUGUUUAUGCUUAUCGCCAAACCUAACUGGAUGAUAAUGUGGUUUUCAUUUGUUUGCAGUGUAAGGAGUAUGCAUACUCAUGUAGCCUGUAAGCAAACACUGUGGCUACAUCAAUUCUGUUUUAAAAUUGUGUCUUUCUUUCAUAACAAAUGUUGGAUUUGUGAAAAUAUGAUUUUGUGAUUUUACUGGGAAAAAUACAGAGGCGUAGCAACCUUUGGAACUGAGGGGGACACUUAUGGAGUUAUCUGAAUCCGCCCCUUUCUCAAACACUGUUAUGAAAUAAAUGUAGCCUGACUUUUAAGUGUUUAAAUUAAAAAUUGACAAGAUUCAUAACACACAGAAACCUACAUGGUGAACUAAAUGGUGCUGCAAAUGGUAAAUUUACCUGCCCUUGAGCAAGAACUGCUGAAUGUUACAUAUUCAUGAGAUGAUCGAAAAAACAUCAAGAAAAAAUUAAGAGACCACUCCAGUUUUGCCUUUCAAAUGCGUUUCUGCAUCUACUGUGGCAAGUCCAGUGUCUGUUAAAUUUGAACAAAAACACAUAGAAGAAUGAGAGCAUUCAUUCAUGUACAAAAAAAUUAUAUAUCACAUUUUGUAUAUAUUUAUAAUCCUAAAAUACGUGUAAAAACAUUAGAAUUGUGUCAUUUAAAUAUGCGGUUUUCAAGAUCUGCAAACAGUGCAUCUUUAUGUUCAUUUUUCCAGUUCAUCCUGAUUUAAUUUUAUGCAAAAUAAUCCAAAUUAAAAACUUUUGUCAUUUGGAAUUUGUAAGAAAAGAAGUCUCUAGUUCCCACAGUCAAACAAAAAUGAUUAGGGAUGUUUUAACCGAAAAUAAAAAUGUCUGUCAUCAUUCACUUACCCUUUAGUUGUUCCAAACCUGUAUAAAUAAAUAAUAAUAAUAAUAUUUUUUUACAGAAUUUUAUCAGAAUUUUCAUUUUUGGUUGAACCAUCCCUUUAAACACUUUAGUUAGUUAAUUCAGAAAAAAACUGAAACAGUUUUGGAGUGGUCACUUAAUAUUUUUUCUGCGGUUGUAUGUGUCCCCCCAAUUUUCAGAUCGGUCCUACGCACCAGAAAAUUAAUGAGUAAACCAUUUAACUUGAUGAUUGCAUAAAUAACUGUGAAUAAUUUUUUACAAAAUGAGAAAUGAAUGUGAGGGUUUGAAUAUUUAACAGGUGUGCCAUUCUGUAAAAAUGCCAUUUUAAAGGGUAAUAUUAAUUUUAAGACUCUGCCCACAGCCUGAAUUGAUUUACAGUAGAUGUUAGGUAUGGCAUCAUGAGAACUUAUUUUUGAAUGUGUGGGUGAAAUAUAUGAAAUAUGCAAUGGACAAAAGAACAUCCACUACAAUCGAUUAAUCACCCCAAGAAGAGUCACAGGACAACGGUGUGCAGGUUUCCCCAUUACAUAGGGGUAAGUUACUAUUACUAUUAAUGGGAACGUUAAUCAUAUGUCCUAGGGCCACAGGAAGGUCACUGAGUUAAACAACAAACAUCGAAGAAGUAGCACAACACCCAGAGAGAUUUAUAAGUCUUAUUCAUCAUCCUGUAUAAAGUUUAAAGAAACACAACAGAAAAUGAGGAUUGCUCAAGUUUUGGGUUUAUCAAUAAGUUUUUUCUUUGCAUAAAAGUUUAGCAAAGUGUAUGCACAAAACUUGUUUCUUUUUUGAGAAGCUGGCAAAUGAACCAAGACAAUGAAUGCAAACAGAUGCCUUCCCGAUGUAGCUUUGCAUGAUGUCUCCAGAGCAUGUAUAUUUUGUUUAAAACCAACUUCUUUAUGAGACAUUUUACAUCAAAAGUGCAAAUUAUGUGUAGUCAUCAAUGCCUGUUAGAUGGGGACAGUGGUUUAUGAAUCUAAAGUCCCAUUUUUAAUGGAACAUUAAAGCAAGGGUUCAUAUACAUUGUAAAUGUUUUAAAACACACAAACACACAUAUAUAAAUAUAUAUAUAUUAGUAUGUAACAUUACAACAUGAAAAAAACUUUUUUAUGAGGUGUGUUGUUUGCAUCCUCUUCCUUACGAAGGGUAAUGUUGUGUAAACAUUAAAGCAAUACAUGAAAGAACUAGAAAAUCUGUGUUGAUAAUAUAUAACUGUGAAUUUUAAAGAGAGCGCUGGUUUGUUCAAGAUUGUGAAGUGCAAAGAGUUAUUUAUUCCUAUUUAUUAAUUUAAUAUGUGUAUAGAGCACUUUAAAAUAGAUUUUUCCUAAUUUCACAUUCAAGUCAUUUUUAUCAGAGCCGGACUUUUUUGUAUGACAUGAAUUAUUAAGAUGUUUAUGUUUGUACGACUGAAUCGAUACAUGUAGAGCAUUAUUAUUUUUGUUAAAGAGAUGGCAAUAUAUAACAUAUAACAUAGCGGUAGAAAAUGGAAUGGAAAGAUGUGAGCAGCGUUUUUGAGCAUUUCUAAAAAAACAUGCACAAAACAUUCUCUCUUACGUAACUGAGUAUUUGGCCUGUUUACGAUCGACGUGUGUGUAUUUUGAAUGUUGCUCUGUGACAUUUUUUACUUUAUCUUACUGUUUUUUUAAAGAUCAUGAAAUAUUGUUUACAGUACUGACAUUUCUAAGAUAUUGCAAUCAGGUCUGAAUAUAAACUGCUGUUCGAGAUAAAGUAUUUUUGAUUGUGAAUAAUCAAUGUGCCAUAUACGUAUGUUUAUCAAUGCGACGUCACACUUUCAUUUUACAUCUUGAACUGUGAUUUACUGAGUGCACAAAAUGUAUGUAUC